AUGACGUCCGAGACGUCAUCUGCAGCUGACAGUCCGGCGUUGCUGCAUCGGCCUCUACUGACGUCUCCGGAGUGUCGCUCCGCAAGAGACAGAAGAGGAUCCACCGAAAAGAAUCACGCGCGAUAUUCACCCCCCUGCGUGAGAUUCCACAGCCUCGACAUGGAUCCGAAAAUAGUUUUUAUAUUUAUUUACAGGAGCGGCGGCGCUGGUGGACGUCUGGCAGCCCCGCGGAUGUCACUGCUUGGACGCCCGGUGAACUAUCGGGCGACUCGUCGCGAUGCCCGCUACCGCCGUCUUCAAGCCCGCGUUUAUAAUUUUCUCGAGCGGCCUCGAGGCGUUUACGCCGUUUCAUACCACAUGAUCGUAUUUUGUAUCGUUUUCACGUGUUUGGUCCUAUCCGUGUUUAGUACGAUAGACGAGUACCAAGAAGACGCCGGAGUAUUACUUUUUUACAUGGAAAUGGUUGUCGUUGUCUGGUUCGCCCUCGAGUUUUUCUUUAGGUUAUGGUCCUCAGGAUGUCGCUCGAGAUAUCAAACGGCCAUUGGCCGGCUCAAAUUCCUACGAAGGCCCUUUUGCAUCAUAGAUGUAAUCACUAUUCUCGCGAGUGUGGUUGUCCUUGCCAUGAGAAGCAGUGGGGUUUUCGCAGCGAGUGCUCUACGAGGACUUCGUUUUUUUCAAAUCCUCAGGAUGGUGAGAAUGGAUCGACGUGGUGGCACAUGGAAACUCCUUGGAAGCGUUGUAUAUGCUCAUCGACAAGAACUUAUCACAACUCUAUACAUCGGUUUCCUGGGGCUAAUAUUCGCCAGUUUUUUGGUCUUCCUUGCCGAGAAGGACGAUGUUCACUUCGAUAAUUUCGCCAAAGCGCUAUGGUGGGGAGUGAUCACCCUCUGUACAGUAGGCUACGGAGAUGCAGUGCCAAAAACCUGGCAAGGAAAGAUCAUCGCCUCUUUCUGUGCCCUCCUCGGAAUAUCAUUCUUCGCCUUACCUGCCGGCAUCUUGGGAUCCGGGUUCGCUUUAAAGGUCCAACAGCAACAGCGACAGAAACACAUGAUUCGCAGACGGCAACCGGCAGCCAGUCUGAUACAAGCACUUUGGAGAUGUUACGCAGCUGACGAGCAAAGUGCGAGCGUUGCCACUUGGAAAAUUCAUCAAAUUCCACUACCCAGUCCACCCAGCAGUCGAGUUUCUUCUAGUUUUAAGCAAAACGCAUCAUUUGUGAGUCGAUUGCCUACCAUUCGAAGGCACAAGAGUACAUCGUUACAUAGUCCCAGCUUGCACAAAUUAGUUCAUCCAAGUUAUCAGAGCAGAGGAAACGUUCCUAGGGGAUUCACCGAAUUCAUGGCGUCGGCUGAAAAUUUAGGUGGUCCUGCUAUUAAUAAUAAUAACGGUAACAAUAACAGCAGCAACGAAACCGGUUCCGGAAUUAGCACUAGACAAUUAAAUGCAAGUUAUUCCGAAGAUUCUGUCACGGAGACAGCUUUAUUGAAAAAAAAUUCUGACGUAAAGUGCCGACUUGGGAGAUCCUCAUCGAGUCUUGAGCUUCGAGAACUACGCAUCGAUGGACUGAUCGGUCGUCUAGGGGAAACUUCUUCCACCCUGCCACUAGCCCUUGCCGGUCUAGUGGCCCCGCUACCCCCUCUACCGGAACGCCUACGGUCGCCGACCUCCCCCAACGCAUCUCCGACUUCCGAUAAGAAUGAGGAUGACGACCAACCUCGGAGGUGCAUUCAGUUGACCAGUCAACACAAAGGUGCUAUUAGGGCUAUUCGAAAGAUGAAGUACUUCGUGGCGAGGCGCAAAUUCAAAGAGGCACUAAAACCAUACGACGUUAAGGACGUGAUUGAGCAAUACAGCGCCGGUCACGUUGAUCUUCUCGGCCGAGUGAAAAAUAUCCAAACUAGGUUAGAUCAAAUUUUGGGAAAGCAAGGGUCUAAGGCGAAAGAUGUCUAUGCUUCAAAAACUAGCUUAGCUUCUAGGGUUGUCAAUAUAGAAAGGCAGGUUGAUGACAUCGAGGUAAAACUCGAUCAGCUAAUAGAGCUCUAUAUGGAGGAUCGAAAACGACUUUUGGCCCUACCAAUACCUGAACCUGACCCACAACAAAUGAGCCCAACCAUCAAUGUGCAGGGCAAACCACCCAUGUCGGCUACUGCUCCUAACCAAGCAGUUCUUAAGCCGAUUUUGGUAGAUAAACAAUUAUCCGAGCCCAGUUCACCGACCAACGGAAUUUUUAGAGAAGGCGGCAUUCGAAAACCAAGACAAAUUUAUCGAGGUCACUCAGAUCUUGGAAUUCGAGUAAAAAAAAGAGUAACUUUAAGCUCCAUUCCCUCGCACUUUGCACCCCCCAUUGAUCCUAGAACCAGACCAAGUCAAACGACUUGUCCUCACCGACAAGGAGAAGUGGUGAUAACGGUGCCUACACACUCAGAAGAUGAUUCCAAACACGAGGAUUCUUGCGUGUUUGGGAUAUCCGGUUUACCUCAGAGCUCAACCGAAUCCGCUGGUAACGAGCCGGAUUUCUCGCCGCCCUCAGAUGUCGAGGCUGAGUACGAGGAUGAGGAAGAGGAAACUUUUUGUGAAAAUAUGGCCUUGCUCGGAACAACAAGGACUCAAAUUAUAGUGACCCCUAGUAUGAGUCCGGGUCAGAGUGCAAGCGACCUAACUCUUGUUGAACAAUCUAGAGAUUUGGACUUUCACGACCCCCAUUCCCGAUCCUAGUCGUAAAUCCCAUAAAUCCCGUAAAUACAUAGAGCUCUCGUGUCAAUGCCUAUUACGUAUAUCGCGAAUGAAUAGAAUUCAUGGUGCAUUGAUUGCUGUCUACUCGCUACGAACUAUUCGUGAUGUCUGAUAUUUGAUAUCUGAUAUCCAGUAUCCACGCUUCCACCAUUACAGCCUUUUCUCAUGCACUCAUCACGUAUGGCUCACCAC